AAGAGGAGGGACAGCCUGACGUGACUGUGACAGAUCCACGCAGGGACUCAUUGGAAUAAUCUGUGACUGGUUUGCUGUCAGUGUUCACUAACUAACCCACGGCGGAUUCACCUUUUCAGCCCCAACCGAAGGGCGGCAGUUUAAAGGGACCAGAGCCGGACCAGGGGCGGUGCUUCGGAUCCCUGUGCGUGGUUUUUUCCAUUGGUUGCCGGAAAUGGAAUUGAAGUGAGUCCAUUUUACUGCAAAUUACUACUUUGACCAGAAGCUCUGAUCAGCCCCCCAAACACCAACCUUCAUCUUCUUCAAGAAGAGAUGGACAACUGACUGGACACCAGCAGGUGACAGAAGGCAGCUCUUUCCUCCGUUGUCCGCCGGCAGCCAUGGCGGGGCUCAAACGCCAUCAUGACGGGAAGAUCGCUGGGCUGUAUGACCUUGACAAGACGCUAGGCCGUGGGCACUUUGCUGUGGUCAAACUGGCCCGACAUGUGUUCACUGGAGAAAAGGUCGCAGUGAAAGUGAUAGAUAAGACUAAGCUUGAUCCGGUGGCAAGAGGUCACCUUUUCCAAGAGGUUCGCUGCAUGAAACUGGUGCAGCACCCCAACGUGGUGCGCCUUUACGAGGUGAUAGACACAGCCACCAAGCUCUACCUCAUUCUGGAGCUGGGAGAUGGAGGAGACAUGUACGACUGCAUCAUGAAACACGAUGGCGGCCUCAGCGAGGAGGUGGCCAAGUGUUACUUCGCCCAAAUCGUCCACGCCAUCUCCUACUGUCACCGGCUACAUGUGGUGCACAGGGAUCUAAAGCCAGAGAACGUUGUGUUCUUCGAGAAGAAGGGCGUAGUGAAGCUUACCGACUUCGGCUUCAGCAACAGGUUUCAACCAGGGAAAAAACUCAACACCUCGUGUGGCUCCCUGGCUUACUCUGCUCCUGAAAUAUUACUGGGGGACGAGUAUGAUGCUCCCGCUGUAGAUAUCUGGAGUUUGGGAGUGAUCCUGUUCAUGCUGGUGUGUGGUCAACCUCCCUUCCAGGAGGCCAACGACAGCGAGACACUAACCAUGAUCAUGGACUGUAAAUACACAGUGCCUCCACACAUCUCCCAAGCAUGCAGAGAUCUUAUAGGCCACAUGCUGCAGAGAGACCCCAAGAAACGAGCAACACUUGAGCAGAUUGAGGGCCACAAAUGGCUUCAAGGUGUCGACCCCUCUCCGGCCACCAAGCUGUCCACCCCCCUGGUGUCCCAUCGCAGCCUGUCAGAGGAGGAACAUGGCUCCAUUAUCCAACGCAUGGUACUUGGAGGCAUCGCAGACAGAGACAACAUAACUGAGGCUCUGGAGUCGAAUCAGUACAACCACAUCACAGCUACCUAUUUCCUGCUGGCUGAGAGGAUGCUGAGGGAGAGGCAAGAAAAAGAGCAGCACAGUCAGACACGAUCCCCCAGCCCCAGCAAGGCCCAGUUCAGGCAGUCCUGGCCAACCAGAGUGGAUGUCCACCAGGAUGUUAGCGAUGGGCUGGGGGGUCCAGCUAUCUCCCACCCUGGUGGCCCCCAGUCCCCUGCCCGUAGUGCUGAAAGCCUCCACAAAGGCCCCAGACCAAAAACAGCUCUGUUGGACGUCAGUCAACGGCAGGAAAACCACACUCCAUCAUCCAGCCAGCAGUCUGCACGACAGAACCCAGAGAGGGGGCCCAGGCCACUGCCAAAGCCCCACUCCAAUCCACUCAGGCUGGGUGCGCUGUCCACAGUGGGCCCUUGCAAGCCACGUAGUCCCAGUCUUUUCAGUGUGGAAGAGGAUGAGGAAGAAGAGGGGGCAGAGGACAAACGUCUGCCACCCUCUUCACUUCCUACACCUCCUCAGGUGGUGCUUCGUUGCAAAUCCUCUUCGUCAUCAUCAUCUCUGUCAUCCUCUGGUAAUCGGCUGACAUCCCGUAUGAGUGCACCAGUCCUUAACCAGAUACAUGAAGAAGAAAAAGAGGAUGAGGAAGAUGAGGAUGGGUGGGAACUGCAUGGACUUGGCCCACCCAAACCCAGCCUCAGCCUCAAUUUGAACUCUAGGAUACCAUCACCAUCACAGCUCAUGUCAUCACCUAAAACUGUUGGUGUCACAGCACCAGUCGCCACCCUGACCCCCAGCUCAGAGACUAGUGAUGAUGAUUCAGAGGGUCAUCACCAACAGCCAGCAGGUCGAAGCACGGGAACUUCAGGAGUAAACGGAGAUGAGAGGGAAAUCAGGAAAGAGGAAAGAGAGAAAAGAGGAGCAGGGCAGGGCAGUCCUUCUACCUGUGCUAGUCCUGGGUCUGGCUCUGGCCAAGGCAAAGGCACAGCCAAAGCUGCCAACGGUCUGGUGGAAAGCUUAAAGCUGAUGAGCUUGUGCUUGAGUUCUCAGUUCCACAACCUGACGGGGGGAGGAGGUGGAGGAGGAGGUGGUGGAGGCAGCGUUGGCAUCGGUGGGGAUACCCAGGACCGGCCCAUGUGGAGAAUGUGCAUGGGGGGCUCUACAGGCAGCCUGGAUAAGGUGUCUCUCCUGGGCGGCCCUUCACCCAGGGGGAACCUCCACCACCAGCCUCCACUGGGAGACGCGCUGGCAGACCCGCUGCUGGACGGCCCAUGCUCGGGCACACUGAGGUUGGGAGAGCUGGACCUGGCCAGGGAAAACCACAGGAACAUGAAGAACCGUGCAUUACAGAUGCCCUUGAGCGACAAGACUCUGUCUGUCAACAUCCACCGGAGCCCCAAGGAGGGUCUGCUCUGUACCCCUACCCCCCACAGCUGCUGCCAAGUGAUCUAGACAGCAGACAGCCACUCCGAACUCCACCUACAACCUGCUUCACCUCCACACUCCUCUCUGUAUAGCCCUUAUCAUUCACCUUAAAUUAUAUCCCACUGGGUUAGGAGUUGACAUUAUUUUAUCAAUGUUUCAUAUAUGUUUACCACUUUGGGGGAACUGGGAGGGAGAACUGCCAACUUUGCACAUUUGAAGACGUAAAGAUGGAGGUGCCACACACAUGUAUGUGAAGCAUUUUCUGCAGAUAUACAUGGCAUAUUUUAGCCCUCUGGUAUUUUUAAACAAAAGAAAUAAGGCUACGUUCAGACUGCAGUUAAAAGUGGCUGAAAUCAGAUUUUUAUGUUGCUCAUAAGUGACUCACAACAGCGCAAAUUUGACAGAAUCUGAUCUUUUUGACCGUGUUUGAACUUAAAUGAGAUACAACUGGGUUUUUUUUGGUCUGAAUCAUCUACUUUUUGUUCUGGCCAGAGUCACUCUGAAUACAAACAGGCAGUCAGUGAAGGGACAGUCAGGUGUUGGACUUCAACGGUAACACUCUUAGCAACACUUUUCUAUAAGCGAAACUUGAUGGUAUGUACUGUAAUGGGCUGAAUGGGUGUACCACUGCACAUCACCUUAUAAAUAUGACUGCAAGUGCUGACUUCACUGGCCUCCACUUUUACAACAGCAUGUGAUAUCUGUGUUCUGGUUCACACUGGAAUCUGAUGUUAGUCACAUGUUAAAAAAAAAAAAAAAAAAAAAAGGCAAAUAGCCAAGGAAAUUUAAAAAAAAAGGGGAAAAAAAAGUCAGAUUUGAAUAAUAAGUCUGUAUUGAGCACCAAGUCUUGCAGUAUAAACGUAGCCGAAGUAUCUUAAGAGGUGCUUUAAUAACAUUUUCUCCUCACAACUCUGCUCCGAUAAACUCCCUGUAUACAUAUGUUCCAAAUGUAUUUGUGUGCACAUCCACACAUACCUGUAUCACUCCGAUAAGCUGAUAAAGGGAAAAGCUGAGCAGUUUUACUAUCAUGUUACAUCUUUUGUUGUACUUUGAUGCUGUUUUUUAUUCUAAUUUUUUAAAUUAUUUUUGAGACAAUCAUUUUAUUCCUUUUUUAAAUUCUGACUGAAAGAGUUCAGACUGUGAGGACAAAUAACAGGGUGAAAGAUUAAGUAAGAUGAUGGCACUUAAUAUUUUGUAGUCUAUCACUGUUUUAUUUUUCUACGUCCAAUGCAGAUUCUGAAAGGAAACGCACAUUCAUUUGUCAUGAUGAUCUCUGUUAGUUGACAGAAUUUGUACAUAUGUUAAUAACAUCGAAGAGUCUUAACAGUACUCUGUACCUGUAGUAUUGAUGGUAAAGUUGUAUUGCAGUAGAAACCUGAAUACUAGAUCCGUAUACACCAUUAUUCUUCACUCCUAUAGCAUAUUCAAGGUUUUGGUUGCACCCAGACCUAAAAAAUAAACACUAAAAUAAAUCUAAAAUCUCCUCUAAAAUAAAAUGAUUAAAAUAUGAUAUGUAAUGGCAGCUGUUUCAAUUAAAAGUCAUUCUUAAUAUGUGUUCAGUGGGAUUGAAAGCGCUAAGUGCAUGACUCAACAUGUAGUGUGUACAUGAUACGAGUACUGGGUGGAACCUAAACCAUGUAUAUCCUGUAGCUUUCCAGGAUCACGGUAGCCACUGUUGUAGCAUAUUCCAAAACAAAAACAACAAAAAGGGGUUUGAAAAUAGCAUAAGAACACAGCCCCUUCAAGUAUCGGUCUGUGUAGCUGGAUGUGUGACCCACUCCUUGUGGAAUAUAUACCUUGACAGUGCAUGUGUUUUUGCUGUAGCAACCUUAUUCUCACUCACUGAGGUCAAUCCACUACUGUACGUACAUACCUAAGCAACAGAUUGAAAUGGUCACUUUACUGUAGCCUCACAGCAAUACCAGCAACUGCAAAAUGUACAAACAAAAUGGAUGUGCCAUAAAUAUGUCUUUAGCAUAUUGUACUGUAUGUAUAUGAUAGAGAUCUAUUAAAAUUAAAGGAUGUGAAUGAGGUC